CUGACCUUAUGUCCCUUUGUGGCGGUCUCUUCAAUCUGCAAUUCCUUCUUAUACACAACCUUAACAGCGACAAUGAGCAGCCCAGGCGCUGGGUUCGAGUUUCCCACAUUCCCAGUUAAAUGGCUGAAGCGUGACCUCUUGCUCUUUGCUGCGAGCAUUGGCUGCAGUUAUGAUGAAUUACAUUUUCUUUAUGAGCUCCACCCCAACUUCGCUGCAUUUCCUACCUAUCCCAUCAUCCUCCCCUUCAAACACACUGACCAGGAAGUCAUCGAUUUCUAUGCCCGUUCGGCCAGCACUCCCAUCGAAGGCGUUCCUAAAUUCGACACAAAGCAUGUCCUGGACGGUGAGCGCAAGAUCCAAUUUCUCAAGCCUCUGCCUGUUACUUCCGAUGGCAGAAACUUCGAGAUCAGGAGCAAAGUGAUCGGCGUGUAUGACAAGGGAAAGCCGGGAACCGUUGUCGAGACAGAGCAGUCUUUGGUGGACAAGGACUCUGGGGAGGUGUAUACGAGAGCUGUGGGUAGUGGGUUCUAUGUUGGGCAGGGAGGAUGGGGAGGUCCCAAAGGGCCGAAGACCAUCAACUACCCUCCACCCCAAGGCCGCAAGCCGGACGCAACACACAUCACACAAACAACCACCGAGUCAGCACUCCUGUACCGGCUCAACGGGGACUACAAUCCACUCCACGCUACGCCCGAACCGGGUAUUAAGAUGGGCUUCGGGGGUCCCAUCAUUCACGGGCUCUUCUCUUGGAACACAUCCGCUCACGCUGUCUUGCAGUGCCUCGGGGGCUCUAACCCAGCAAACCUGAAGGAAUUCCAGGCAAGAUUUGCAAGCCCUGUCAAGCCUGCCGAUAAGCUUAUUGUUGAGAUGUGGAAAAUGGGCGGUGCGGAUAAGGAUGGGUUUGAGGAGGUCAGGUUCAUUGUCAGAGUGGACGGUGGGAAGACUUGUUUGACGAAUGGAAGGGCACUUGUGAGGUGUCAAGGAGAGGUCAAAAGCAAGCUUUAGAUGUGGAUUUAACGUUAAAUAGAGCAACGCAAGCCAAUCUGACAACACACCUGAACAACCAG